AUGAGCUCAUCCAGUGUUGGUGUACAAGUGCAUAUCAAACGUGUGGCACCUGAUGCAGAUUAUCAAGGCUGCUGCUUGCACAGUCUGAAUCUAGUAAUAUGCAAGUCGUCACAAAUAACGGCAAUUAGGAACAUGUUUGACAGUUGCCAGCAAGCAUACCUAUUUUUCCAUAACUCUCCCAAACGACAGAGAUUUCUGGAACACGUUAUUAGCUGUCAGUGCCCAGCUACCAAGAAGACAAAAAUCAAUGGUUUGUGCAAGACGAGAUGGGUUGAGAGGCAUACAACUUUUGACACAAUUCUGGAACUUUACACCUAUCUUAUUGAAACCUGGGAUGAGAUAUGUUACCCAAGCAAUUGUGACAAACUUUAUUCUGAUGGAAGCAACUGGAAAUGGGAUUCAGAAACACGAACUGCUGCAAAUGGCUUGAGGUACACAUUUGUUGGAUUUGAGCACAUUGUAGUUUUCAUGCUUGUGAAGCAGCUUCUUGAACCCAUACGUCCAAUUGCAGAGUGUCUGCAAGCAAGGUUGCAGGAGUUGUACUUUGGCUUCAAGAAAGUUGACGAAGUUGUACAAUUUUACAAAAGGAUUCGAAACGAUGUGGAUGUAGAGCAUAACCGAAUAUACGCUAAAGCCAAGAAGCUAGCCGCUGAUAUUGGAAGCAAUGAAGCAAUGCCACGCAUCAUAAAGGGAAGGCAAACAAGAGCAAAUCCUACUGUGUUGUUGUCUUGUGAUUACUGGAGAGUAACACUGACAAUUCCGUUUUUGGACUCCAUCCUUUCUGAACUUGAGUCUAGAUUUGCAAGCGAUAAAAGAGCACACUUUGAACUCUGUGUUUUAGUACCAGAAGUCAUUACCAAGAAUGAAAGUUUAGAAGAAACGGUAGGAAUUUUGACAUCUAAAUGGGGACAUCUGAUGCCAGCAGAGGAUAACUUUGAGAGUGAACGUAUCAGUUGGAGGCAGCACUGUCAUGGGAUUACGGAGACCAAAUCCAUAACACAACUUUUGAGCGAGGAUGCUGAUCCGCUAUUCUUUCCAAAUGUUCGAGAACUGCUCUGCAUUCUAGCUGUUCUUCCAGUUGGUAGUGCUGAAGCAGAGAGGUCAUUUUCUUGCCUCAGGCAAGUGCAUACCUGGCUUCGUACCACUAUGUCUUGCGAUAGACUUGGCAACUUAGGUGUUCUGGCGCUUCAUGGAUUUGACAUUCUACUUAACAUAGAGAAGAUAUGCAGUACUUUUAGGAGUCAACACCGAAGAAGGAUGUGCAGUCCUUCUGUAUUGUACGAUGAUAGCAAUGCGUUGUAA